CGCCCCCUUCUGUGACGUGGGCGGUGCCUCGGCGCGGUGCAGUCCGCGAACCAGGCUCGCUCGUUUGGCCGGUUAGAGGCUCUGAUCUCCCUCGAACAUGGGGCAGCCGGCUGCUGGCUCCCUUCUGACACUGCUGAGGGUGUUGCUGCUGCCCGUGGGACCUACUGUAGCGCAGGAGUUGCCCUCGGCCCCGACUCCAGGCAGUCCCCUCUCCCCCACCGAGUAUGAGCGCUUCUUCGCCCUGCUCACCCCUACCUGGAAGGCGGAGACCACCUGCCGCCUCCGCGCCACCCACGGCUGCAGGAACCCCACCAUCGUCCAGCUGGACCAGUAUGAGAACCACGGCCUGGUACCCGACGGCGCAGUCUGCUCCGACCUCCCCUACGCCUCCUGGUUCGAGUCCUUCUGUCAGUUCUCUCAGUACCGCUGCUCCAACCACGUCUACUAUGCCAAGAGGGUCAGGUGCUCCCAGCCGGUCUCCAUCCUGUCAGUGAACAAUUUCAAGGAGCUGGAGUCUGCAGCAGAGGGGCCCCAUACCGUGAUGACCUCACCCAUCACACCCCACGUCAAAGCUACAGAGCGACAGGCAUUCCAGGCCUGGCCCGAGCGGCUCAACAGCAAUGUGGAGGAGCUGCUGCUAUCCUCCUUGUCACUGGGAGGCCAGGAGCAAAUAGACAGUCACAAGCAGGAACCAGGACAGGAGCAUCACAAGCAAGACCCAACACAGGAACACAAGGCAGAGGAAGGGCAGGAGCGCAAGCCAGAGGGAGGGCAGGAGCACAAGCCAGAGGAAGGACAGGAGCAAGAGGAGGAGGAGGAGGAACAGGAGCAGGAGGAGGAGGGGAAGCAGGAAGAGGGCCAGAGCAUGGAGGAAAGCCUGGGCACGGUGUCCAGCCUGCAGACGGGCUCCGAGCCCAAGCCACAGUCCGCAUCUCUGUCUUCCAAACUUCACGCCUUCACCGCCCGGGUCCGAGAGGUGGACGCGCCUCCUAUGAUGAUGGAGAAUAUCCAGGAGCUCAUUCAGUCAGCACAGGAAAUGGAGGAAAUGUACGAGGAGGACACUUACUGGAGAAACCAGAACCAUGGCAGCCUCCUGCAGCUGCCUCACAAGGAGGCCUUGCUGGUGCUAUGCUAUUCCAUCGUGAUGAAUAGCUGUGUCCUGACCCCCGCGGCCAGGGCCUGGAAGUACCUGGAGGAGGAGACCUUUGGUUUCAGGAAGUCGGUCUGUGACAACCUCGGACGGCGACACAUGGCACUCUGUCCCCUCUGUGCCUUCUGCUCUCUGAAGCUGGAGCAGUGCCACUCGGAGGCCAACCUGCAGCGGCAGCAGUGUGACACGUCCCACAAGACACCCUUUAUCAGCUCCUUGCUCACAGCCCAGACCAUGACCAUGGGCACCCAGGCGUCAUCCUCGGAAUCAGGCCGCUUUUAUGGGCUGGAUCUGUACGGCGGGCUCCGCAUGGAUUUCUGGUGUGCGAGGCUGGCCACAAAAGGCUGUGAAGACACCCGGGUCUCCAGCUGGCUCCAGACGGAGUUCCUCAGCUUCCAUAAUGGGGAUUUCCCCACCAAGGUUUGUGACACGGACUACAUCCAGUACCCAAACUACUGUUCCUUCAAAAGCCAACAGUGCUUGAUGAAAAAUCGGAACCGGAAGGUGUCCCGCAUGAGGUGCAUGCAGAACGAAACCUACAACGUGCUAACCCCAAGCAAAGGGGAGGACCUUGUGCUUCGAUGGAGCCAGGAGUUCAGCACGUUGGCUCUAGGCCGCUUUGGAUGAGCUGGGUCCAUUCUGUCCCCACCCCAGCUGGACCUUUCCACAUUCUUCAUCCAUCGCUUCGAAACCUCAUGUCUCUUGCUUCCAGGCUGCCCCUCUUGGGUCUCUUAUCUAGCUCAGAUGCACAUUUUCCCAGGGCUAGGGCUGAUGGGACCUCACCUGCCUUCAUGAAUAUUGUUACAUAAAGUGAUUAUUUUCUGCCCAUGUG